UCCGGGCCUGGGCAGGCGGCGGCGGGGGCGCCGCGCCGAGCGGGCGGCGGGGCCAUGCUGGGCAAGGACUACAUGCUGGCCAUCGUCCUGGUCAACUGCGACGACAACCUCUGGAGUGACCAGAGCCUGGAAACAGACCCUGACCUCCCCCCAAGCUGGAGGAAAAUCUGUGACUCUUUGGGUACCUAUUACUGGCAUGUGCCAACAGGCACGACACAGUGGCAGCACCCUGCACGCACCACUGGCCCAGGAGGGCACACGGAGGCUGAUGGAGAGGAAACACUCCAGGGAAGGGAAUGCCAGGGCCCUGCAGCGAAGCACUCGGCAAAGGACCGGCCCAUUCCCAGCCCCAUGGCUUCGCUGUCCCGGAGGCACUCGCUGUCCUGGCAUGGAGAUGACUUCCAGCACAGUGCAGAGCCCGGCUCCAAGUGCUUUGCUGUGCGCUCUCUGGGCUGGGUGGAGAUCCCCGAGGAGGACCUGGCACCUGGCAAGAGCAGCAUCGCCGUCAACAACUGCAUCCAGCAGCUCUCCAACAGCAAGGGCCAGGGCUCUGCGGAGAACCAGGGUGAGGGCCAGGACCUAGUGAUGAUUCUGAAGAAGGAUACCAUGAGCCUGGUGGACCCCCUCGACCGCAGCCUCAUCCACCGCCAGCCCAUCCUCAACAUCCGUGUCUGGGGUGUUGGCUGCAACAAUGGCAGGGACAGAGACUUCGCCUUUGUGGCCAGUGACAAGGACACCUGCGUCCUCAAGUGUCACGUCUUCCACUGCAAUGUGCCUGCCAAGGGUAUCGCCAAGGCUCUGCAUGAGAUGUGCUCCAAGAUUGUGGCCGAGCGAGCUGUAGCGAGCAGCAGGCUGCCCCGUGCUGCCACGCUGGAGCCCAUCUCCGCCGAGGACCUGCCACUGCAAGUGGAUAUCCUAGAAGCGGUGAGGCAGUCGAUGCAGACCUACGAGGCGCUGUACAUCGGCAGCCUGCCCGUGCCCAGGGCCAUGGGGAUGGAUGUGUUGAAUGAGGCCAUCGAGAAGCUGACGAGGCGCCCUGGACGGGAGAACUGGACGCCCUCCGUGAUUUACGUGUCCGACACGGCCAUGAGGGUGCACCCGGCGCAGGUGGGGAGGGGACAGGGGGCUGUGGCCGGAGCGGGCACGGCGCUGCCCCCGGCAGAGGGGACCCGGCGGGCGGCAGGGCUGCUCGGACGGCGGCCAGGGGUGGAUGGGCCCGCGGGGUCCCCGCAGGAGCCCGAGGAGGCGGCGCACAUCUGGGAGUGCCAGGUGCGGUACGUGACCUUCCUGGGGGUGGGCCGGGACGCGCACACCUUCGCGCUCAUCGUGGACACGGGGCGACGCUUCCAGUGCGCGGCCUUCUGGUGCGAGCCCGACGCCGGCACCAUCUCGGAGGCAGUGCAGGCCGCCUGCAUGGUGCAGUACCAGAAGUGCCUCGUGGCCGCCGCACCGGGGGCGAAGGCGAAGAGCGGGGCUGGCUGCAGCGUGUCCGCCGACACCGUCCUUGCCCCGCUGCGGGCGGCCCUGGACGCCUGCCGGGCCACGGUGCAGAAACAAGUGUGCAAUGACAUCGGGCGGCGGCUGACAGUGCUGGAGGACGCGUGGGCUCAGGGGAAGCUGUCGGCACCAGUGAGGAAGAGGAUGAGCCUCCUGGUGCAAGAGCUUCAGCAGCAGCACUGGGAUGCAGCUGAUGAGAUCCACCGCUCGCUUAUGGUGGACCACGUGAACGAGGUGAGCCAGUGGAUGGUGGGCGUCAAGCGCCUCAUCGCCGAGACGCGGAGACGCGGCAGCUGCCCACCGGAGAGACGGACGGCAGCGCUGACACCGAGCCCGCGACCGAGCCGGAGCAGGAGGGGCCCUGACACCAGGGACGGGGCUGUGGACUGUGAGCGGGGCAGCCCCUGCCCUGGGCCACCGGCAGGAACAGGGCCCCUGCUGCUGGAGGGAGUCUGGGCACCCCCUCUGCCUCCCAAUCCUCAUCCAGAAAAGGGGAUUUUAAUCACUGCGACAUUUUAGUGGCGAUUCAUUAUGUUUAAUAAACAGCACCAACCUGCCCCCUCC